AUGAAAUUUGGUUUGUUACAGAGAAAAAUGAAAAGUUUAGCAAUAGUUGCAAUUGGAGGAGGUAUUGCUUUUUCUGGAAUUUCCUUAUAUAGAGGUAAUUCCAAAUUUUAUAGUGACAUUGCUUUGCCUAUGAUACAUGAAGUUUUAGAACCAGAGACUGCACACAGAUUUGGAGUAGUUACAGCUGGUGCUGGACUAAUACCUAAAUCUAAAGUUUGUGAUUCUCAAAUUCUGGAGACAUCAUUUUGGGGAUUAAAAAUUAAAAAUCCAAUUGGUUUAGCUGCUGGAUUUGAUAAAAAUUGUGAAGCAGUUCCAGGCAUAUUUAAAGCAGGCUUUGGAUUUGUAGAAAUUGGAUCUGUCACACCACUUCCUCAGCCAGGAAAUCCAAAGCCAAGGGUUUUUCGCUUAAAAAAUGAUUUAGGAAUUAUUAAUAACUAUGGCUUUAAUAAUGAAGGACAAGAUUAUGUAUAUAACAGAUUGCAAAAAAUAAAAGAAAACCAACCCAAUCUUAUUAUUGGUGUCAACUUAGGCAGAAAUAAAGAUAGUGCUUCUGCCAUUGAUGAUUACAAAAAAGGAGUUUUAAAAUUUGGAGAAUUAGCAGAUUAUUUAGUUAUUAACAUUUCCAGUCCAAAUACUCCAGGACUUCGAUCCUUACAGAAACGUAAACUACUUGAAGAAUUAUUGGAUAAUCAUUACGACAUUAAGUGUAAUAAUAAUAAUGUACAUAUGCCAACAUGCAUCGCAAUGCAACGCAGCAAUCUUAUUAGCAAUGACUUUGCUUUAGGCUUUCUGCAGCUGCUGCAGAACCCAUUUGACAAGUUAGUUGAUCUAUGCCACAGAUUAGACACACGCUAA